UUCUUCUUCAUCUUCUUCUGCGUCCGCCGCCGCACCGCCAUGUCGCAGGCUUCCUCGCCCUCUUUAAUUACCUCCAUUUCUCUCUUUCUUCUUCCCAAUAACAAUAAUCUCACGCCAACGGGGAGGUUGUUGCCGAUAACGGAUUCUCUGCAGCGCCGCCGGAGAUACUCCGGCGUCAGCCAUGAACAUUGGAGCACCAGUCGGAAUGCUAUUCUGAGAAAGCCGGUGCAAGCCACGGCGGUUCCGACGUCGGUGCCGGUGCGUGUAGCUCUGGAGCUUCUUCAAGCAGGAUAUCGAUACUUAGACGUAAGAACGUCGGAAGAGUUCAGCGCCGGGCACGCUCCCGCCGCCAUUAACAUCCCUUACUUGCACAGAGUCGGAUCGGAGAUGACGAGGAAUCCACAUUUCUUAGCGGAAGUGGCGAUUCAUUUCAGAGAAGAUGAUGAAAUCAUCGUUGGAUGCCGAAGGGGGAAGCAGUCUCUUAUGGCUGCCGCCGAUCUUCUUGCCUCUGGAUAUAGGUAUGUAACGGAUAUAUCAGGUGGAUAUGAAGCUUGGUCUCGCAAUGGACUUCCCAUGGGAAGUUCUAAAUAAUCACCAAAA